UCACCUCUUUAACUGUAGGGGAUCUGCGCGCUCUCUUCAUCUCUUGGAGACGCCGAUCUUCCAUCAUCUUUCCCUUACUUAGUUUCCUCAAUUCGAAAUGAAGCUAUUUAAUUGGAUGCACAGCAAGCUAAAUGGCAGUAAGGCGAAGAACAAACUUAACUCAAGUUCAUCUACUCUUUUUGUAGCGGAUGAAGCUAGCAAAGACGAGUUCAGUGACUGGCCACGUGCAAUCCUUGCAAUUGGGACCUUCGGAAACAACAAUUUGAAAGACGACUCUGAAAGAAUUGUUGCAGAGGAUUUAUCAUGCUCUCAUGAUUGUGUACAAGAGCUUACACUUGACGAACAAGAAGGCGACAAUUUUCAGAAUGAAUUGAAGAUGUGCUUCCGGGAAGAAUCCUCUGCUGAUCACACGAAUACUUGUUCAAACUGUGAAAAGAAAGAGACAUUGUUACCAAACGGCAGUUUGAUUCCUUGCAGGGGAAAAGAUCUUUGUUUGGAUAAUAACAACAACAACAACAAUAAGAGUGCAAUUGGCAACAAAUCACUUACUUUUCUUCUCAAGAAGAUGUUUGUUUGCAGGAGUGGGCUUCAUCCUACUCCCAGUUUCAAAGAUCCACUGUCUACAGAGAGCAGAAUGGAGAAGAUUUUGAGGGCAAUACUCAAUAAGAAGAUAUAUCCGCAAGGUCCAAGUUCGACGAUGGUUAAAAAGAAGUACCUGAAGGACAAACAAAUUGCCAAAUCCGACAAUGAUGAAGACGAGUUCAAUACUGUUGCCGAUGAUGGAAAUAAGUGGGUCAAGACAGAUUCCGAAUAUAUUGUUCUUGAGAUAUAAAUGGCUUCUCGUAUUCCGAUUCUGCACAACUCUGUUCAUUGAAGUGAUAGCUGAAGCAGAAUGCAAGUUGAACUGUACCAGUAAUUUCGGAUGUAUGAAUGCGACAAGGAAAUGCGACAAAUUGGAGGAUGAACCGGGCAAAAUCAAGAGCUUUUAAGGCUCAAGCAUGCCAGGGAGCAUGUCGCAAUUUCUUGCAGAAGAUUUUAGCCCUAAAUAAGUAGAUAAUAAAUUGAUAACAUACGUUUUGGCAGGAUUCCAAGCUUUGAGGGAUCUUCGCCCAAAA